GAACUGGUGGACUGUGUGCAAUGUCAACGAUGUCGCCUCCACGCGAAGCUCUUCUCCUUGGGUCUUGGGACGGCUUUGAAGAUCCUUCUUUCGCCAGAAGAUCUGAUCAGCAGUACGACCUCUCGAAAUGACGUCGUUGCCUUGGUCAACGUGCUUUGGAAGAUGUCCGACUCCCUUGAGGACGUCCGCUUGAUGACUCGAGACUACUAUGGGCAGCAUCGGACUGUGCCACAAGACCGCCAGAGCGGCACAGGUGCGGCGGUGCCUCAGAGGAUUGAGGGCGAUAAUCAACCGAUGCCUUUGAGUGCCAGGCGAGAGCUUUUGGACUUGUCCUUUACGGCUGUUCGCCAUAGUUCGAGCAAAGGCCAGCUGCCCUCUGAGGCUGAGGAGAAGUUGCUCCGCUUUUUGGUCUCCGGCGCCAAUGAGGAAGUAUUGCUACUGGCAAGGCACUAUGCCUUGGAGCGCCCAGAGAUCUUCUGCAGGAUGGCACUCUUUAGCUCCGAGCAUCUGCAACUGGUCACAGCGCCGAAUGCAGCGCCGGUCGAGGCCUACGGCACGCUGACGCGGCCGGCGGAUGCGAUCAUCCUCGGGGGCGGAUUGGCUGGAAUGAGUGCGGCGAUGGCCUUGCUGGACCGCAGAGGUGCUGUGGUCAUGGUGGAGAAGCAACCUUACCUUGGCGGAAACUCCGGGAAGGCCUCGUCAGGCAUCAACGCCGCCCUCGAAACCUCCGUGGAGUCGUUGGUGGCGGACACCACCAAGAGCGCGGGCACGUUGGCACGGCCUGAACUCAUCAAGCGCUUGGCCGAAGAUUCGGCUGAGGCAGUGGCCUGGCUGAGGGACCGGACCAGUGUGGAUCUCUCCUUGCGAUCUCAGCUGGGUGGUCAUUCAGUGAAGCGCACCUUGAGGCCAUCCAAUGCCUUCGUGGGGGCUGAGAUCACCUUUGCUGCUGGCCAGGUCCUCACCAAGAUUGCUGAGCAGAGCGAUCGCUUCCGCUUGCUGCUGAAGUCCAAGUGGACCGGCCUCACCAGGCCGAAGGACCUUUGGCAAGUGGAAAUCGAGGUCAACGGCUCGAGCAAGACGCUCUAUGGGCAUCAUGUGGUCAUUGCCACUGGCGGCUUUGGACACGACAUCAAGGAGAUGGAAAGCCUGCUGCUCAAAUAUCGUCCCGACUUGGCGGACUUUCCCACGACCUUGGGCUCGCAGACCACGGGAGAUGGCGUGAAGCUGGCGCGCGACCUGGGCGCGCGCCUCGUGGACAUGGAUCGUGUCCAGCUACAUCCCACCGGCUUCGUGGACAUGAAGAAGCCAACAGAGAACACCAAGACGCUUUGUGCGGAGCUUCUGCGGGGCGUGGGUGGCCUUCUGCUGGACAGGCAUGGGAAUCGCUUUACCAACGAGCUGGGCACACGGCAGGCCGUGGUGAAUGCUGAGCUCAAGGCCGAUGAGGCGGGCUUGUCCUUACCAGCUCCUUCACCACAUCGGGCCUUUGCUUUGGUACUGAACAGCAAGGCUGCCAAGGUUGCAGACCGACAUGUGACCCUCUACAGCAAGAAAGGGCUACUGACCAAGGUCGAAGGCAUCGAAGGCCUUGCCCAACACUUCGGCUAUGAGGUGGACACCUUGAGAAGAAGCCUGCAGAAUUACAACGAAGCUGCGAAGAACGGCUCUGAUGUCUUUGGGCGUACCGUCUUCCCGGAAUAUGUCAUCGAGGAAACAGAGGAUUUCUAUGUUGGUGAGGUGGUGCCGGUGAUUCACUACACCAUGGGAGGAAUUGCCAUCAACAUCGAGGGUCAAGUCUUGGAUGAUCAAGAGAAGGUCAUUUCAGGUCUCUACUCCGUUGGUGAGGCCAGUGGUGGAGUGCAUGGGGACAACCGCUUGGCCGGAAACAGCUUGCUGGAGUGCACUGUCUUCGGACGCCACGUGGGCAUGAGCCUUCCAAUCCGUUGGGAGCUCAACAUCGUUGGUCUUUGGGACCCGGCUCUGACGGAGAUCGCCAGCGCGACGGACUUCGCAGUGACCAGUACUGAACGGGGCAUCCCACGCUAUGAACAUCCCCAUUUGGUGGCGGCGCUGGAUGUCUUGCUGGAAUAUCAACGGAAUCGUAAAACGACCUACUUCAAGAUCAUGGGCCAUCGAGCCCAAACGAGCAUGGCGCCUUAUCGACAUGAUCCCCGGACCCGGCUCAUUGAACUCUUGAAGCGAUGGCUUCGAAGCAAUGCAGCCAACAGCAAUUUGAGUGAGGAAGAGGUGCGGCGCAUGUGUGGCUUAUGCAGAGAUUUGUUGAACUAUCCGAAUCUUUUUCCAUCUCGCAACAAGACCAGCUUCAUGCACGCCCUCAGCGAAGCCUACGAACACUUAGAGCUUCAGCUGCGGCAGGUGCUGGAGCGCGAUCGCACCUGCGCGGAGCUGGCACAACGUUGUCUCUCGUUGAGUCGCAACUUGGUGGCGGAUGCCAUCGCGUAUCUCUUGUUGGCAGCCACACAUCUCACGCAGACCGACCAACUGCCAUCCUUGGAGGUGGUGGUGCUAUGGCAAUCCUUGCCUGCAGUAGGGAAUCCAUUGCCCAGCCGCGCUGAUCCACAACUGCAGAAGAGCAUGCAAGACGCCUGGCCCUGCCUCAUUGGAUCCUUGAUCACUGCAUUGUUGGGCCUCAGAUGGACAUUUCAUUUGUUUGCAGGUGGUGGAAGUGAAGAAGAGCUCAAAGGUCUAUCGCCUUUGCAGGGGUCUCCUCUCAGCAUCACCAGCCAGGAGCCAGCAGAAAAUGCUUUGGCGCAGAUCAGGCGCGUGCGUGACGAGUUUGCAGCUGGGCAUUUCAAAUACAGUGGCCUCGCAGGGCCCUUUCGAGAUCCACAACAGCAGGAGAGCCGAGAACAUCUGUUGACGGCCGUCGAGUCUUUGUAUGACCUCCUCUACUUGUUGGGUGAGGUGCUUCUGCACUUUCACCGCAUCUCUGAUAGUUUGGGAGACUAUGGCAUGAUCCGUGUCUCCACUUGGCUCCAUCCCUGUUUGGAUUCGGUGAUCGAAAAGGUGCAACGCCUGCAGGGCGCGUUGAAAGGUCUUAGCAAAGCCGUGGAUGCGGAGCUGGUCAUCGCCAAAGCACGAGGAAGGACGGUGAAGAAGCCCUUGCCCUCUGAGCGCAUGUCAGCACGUGCUCACGCGGCCAUCGAGCGAGCUUUAGCAGGACAAGAUUGUCAUCUCACAGCGCUGCUGCAUAGCUUGGAGGAACUCAAAGCUCGUUCUGCUCCAGAGCGCCUCCCACAUGUGGUGGAAGGUUUGGGCGAUGCAUGUCUUCAGCUUCAAAAUGUUCUGACUUCACCUCAGUUUCGAGCACGUGUUGGCGAUUCCUUCCCACAUCACUUGCCCUCCUUGGCCAACAUCACCUCGCGCGAGACCCGGGCCUCGCCGCUUGCACUGACCGAUGAGCCAUUGGGCGACUUCAGCGAUCCCGAGGAUGAAGCGGAACAGCGGCACGAAGCGACAGGCAGAGGUCGUGCUUUACCUGAGCCAGACGCCAACAGUCCUCCGGGUCAGCAGCCUUGCCACACCGCCUGUUUCUUUGCUUUUCCGGACACCAAACGACGUUCCAGCAGCCUUUCCGCCUUAGUGCGGGCCACCAGCCAUGCGCUUCGGGCCGUGCGCGGGUCCCGGCACAGCUCUCUACCGGCACCCCUGUCGCCGCCCAUGACGCCGAAGCCAACGGAGUCGGUCGCGGAGUGCGUGGCCGGCGCAGGGCGCACGGCCACGUCACCUCCCGUGCCCGCGGAAUUGGUGUCGGAGCUGCCGGCGGCCGGGUGGAUUUCGCACGUGGGCAAAGGAGGACGCGUCUCCUGGCAUCAUAAAUCAUUGGGUCCAGCUCCCUGGGAAAGGCAGCCUGAGACAGAUGAGCUGGAUCUUGCCAGAGCUCCGGAUGAUCAACUGCCAGACACGAAUCCCUUCUCCGAUGCCUUUGAAGAGGCUCCAGCAGCUUCGCGCUCUGCACCAGUUCUUCCACGGCAAGGCUAUGGGACGCCCUCCACCAGUGCAUCGCCACAUGGACGAUUUCUGGCGCAGCCCUGCCUGGAGACACGAACCUCCAGUACUCCUCACGGCUGUUCCGACGGCGCCGGCACGCCGGCCCGUGCGGACCUGCGCGAGGUGCGCGCGGCCACGGUGCCGGACUUCUUGCACAAAGGGUGUCUUCGAGCCGAGGUAGAGAGGUUGACCACGGGUGUGCAGGGCUGGAAGACGCAUGAUAGCAGGAGCCUUUUGAUCACCGGGAGCCAGCUCUUGAUCUACGAAAAAGGCUCUAUGGACCAAGUGAAGACCGUGGUGAACCUGCUCGAGGAUGUCGAAAGGUGCUCCCUUCUUUCCAGUGGCAUCUUGUCCUUGGAGGUGAAGCGUCGCCGGAAGAGGGCCUCCAGCCUCUCGCGCGCCACCUCCCGCGCGCUCGGCCGGGCUGAGAAGGAAGAUGCUGAGAAGAAGCUGUACUUUUUCAAGUUCGAGCCACAAGAGCUUGCGAAUCAGUUCAGUGACAUCAUCUCCAGCAUGAGUCCCGAGCUCUCAAGUGCCAGUGCCGGCGAUGUCAAGCCUCAGAUCAUAGCAGCUUCGGAGAGGACCCCCAGCAUCACGUCGCUCCCCAAGAUCACCCAGCAGGAGCUGGAAAAGCACCGUGCAGAGGGAGAUCUUUGGGUGGCACUCCACGGCCAUAUCUACGACAUGUCCGAGUACGUGUGGGAACAUCCAGGCGGCUCCUCGGCCAUCUUCGACGUGGGUGGCCUCGACGGCACGGAGACCUUUGAGGCGGUGCACAACAAGGAACUUCUGGAGACAAUGGGUUUCCAACCGGUGGCCGUUCUGGCGUGA